CACAAAAAUGUGCGUUCAAGAGCCAGGCCACGAAAGGAUUAGGUGGCGAGGAGGAAAGACGGACGGAGCGCAGUUGACCAACUGAUACUACAAGAAUCCACCCAAGAUUUAGAGAGAGAGAGACAGAGACAGAGACAGAGCAACGUCUACAGUUGUCACCGGGAGCGCCAAUGCAUAUCACGUUUGGUGUCUCUGCAAAGCUCAACCACUCUCUUUCUGCUUAUUAAAUUCCGAAUAUUCCGAAUUUGUUUGCAGCAAUUUCUUGAAAGAGAGAGAGAGAGAGAGAGGAAGUGGGUGUUUUCAAGAAAUCUGAUGGGUGAGAUUGGGCUACGAGGGAAGCUUUUGAGUUCAGCGGUGGUUGCUGUCCUAGGUCUAUCUUCUGUGUUGUUUGUUUCCAACCAAUGGAGUACUCUGAAGCUGGUUUUUUCAAGUAGUGAAGGUAGAAAUGGUGGAGAUGUCGAACCGAAUCACAUUGCAAAACUACUCAAUUUGGUAUGGCGAGAAGCUCAAUUGGGUUACGAACAUGUUUGGCCGGAAAUGGAGUUUGGGUGGAAAAUCGUUGUGGGGACUGUAAUUGGGUUCUUUGGAGCAGCAUUUGGGAGUGUUGGUGGCGUCGGAGGGGGAGGCAUUUUUGUUCCCAUGCUCACUCUGAUCAUUGGGUUUGAUGCUAAAUCAUCAACUGCAAUGUCGAAAUGUAUGAUCACAGGUGCAUCGGCUGCGAGUGUUUUCUACAAUAUCAAGCUAAGGCAUCCAACGCUUGAACUACCAAUCAUUGAUUAUGACCUGGCACUUCUUUUCCAACCAAUGUUGGUGCUGGGAAUUAGCAUCGGAGUAAUGUUUAAUGUGAUUUUCGCUGACUGGAUGGUUACGGUCCUACUCAUUAUUCUGUUUCUAGGCACAUCAACUAAGGCAUUCUUCAAGGGUGUUGAAACAUGGAAGAAGGAAACUAUAGUAAAAAAGGAGGCUGCUAGACGAUUGGCAUCUAUUGGUGAGUCAGGUGUUGAUAGUGAGGAAGUGGAAUACAAACCUUUACCCGAAGGCCCAAACAAUGGCACUCAAAUGGAAUCCAGCGAAUCGAAAGCAUCCACGGUUUCCAUUAUUGAGAAUGUUCACUGGAAGGAACUUGGCAUUCUUGUAUCUGUCUGGGUCACUAUUCUUGCGCUACAAAUUGCCAAGAGUGAGACAACCACCUGUUCUGCAGCAUAUUGGGUACUAAACCUGCUUCAGAUUCCUGUGGCUUUUGGAGCAUCUGCAUAUGAAGCAAUCGGCUUAUACAAAGGACGAAGAGUAAUAGCAUCCAAGGGAGAUGUCGGAAUGGCUUGGCGCAUUCAUCAGUUGGUUCUUUACUGUUUCAUUGGCAUCCUAGCAGGUGUAGUUGGUGGGUUGCUAGGUCUUGGCGGAGGAUUCAUUUUAGGUCCUCUUUUUCUGGAGUUGGGAAUUCCUCCUCAGGUGUCAAGUGCCACAGCUACCUUUGCCAUGCUGUUCUCCUCCUCCAUGUCUGUUGUGGAAUACUACAUUCUAAAGCGUUUUCCAGUUCCAUACAGUCUCUACUUUGUUGCUGUAGCUACCGUUGCUGCUUUUACAGGUCAACAUGUGGUGAGAAGAAUUGUUGCGAUUCUAGGGAGGGCGUCUUUGAUCAUCUUCAUUCUGGCCUUCACAAUCUUUGUGAGCGCAAUCUCGCUAGGUGGAGUUGGCAUAUCAAACAUAAUAGAAGAUAUCGAGGAAAAGGAGUACAUGGGUUUUGAGGAUAUUUGUUCAUAUUAGGCCUUCGGAAUCGAAAGCAACAACAAAGGGUUCCGGUCACCCUUAAAUCAUUUUUGCAAUUUUCUGAAUUACUAUUUAUUUUUGAAAUAUGGAACGAUAUGAACAAUGGAGAAAGUCCAUGGUAACAAGCGAGAUUGUGAUUGCAAAUGGCCUAAGUGUGGGUCACCGUCGAGUUUGAAGUAUGGUUGUAGUUUAUUUCUGCUUAUGUCGCUAAACUUCUAUGGUCAA